GGUAGCCGGCAGCUGCAGGAGAAAUCCCUGAAAAUCUCCUCUACGCUGUAUGUUGGCAACUUGUCCUUCUACACCACCGAGGAGCAGAUCCAGGAGCUCUUUUCCAAGUGCGGAGAUGUCAAGAGGAUUGUCAUGGGGCUGGACAAGAUCAAGAAAACCCCCUGCGGCUUCUGCUUUGUGGAAUAUUACACAAGAGCAGACGCUGAGCACGCAAUGCGAUUUAUCAACGGCACGCGACUAGACGACCGCAUCAUUCGAACCGACUGGGAUGCAGGGUUUAAGGAGGGGAGACAGUAUGGAAGAGGAAAGACUGGAGGACAGGUGCGAGAUGAGUACCGGACAGACUACGAUGUGGGAAGAGGUGGCUUUGGCAAGAUCAUUCAGAUGCAGAAGGCAAAUCAUCAGCCUGCGAUCUAUUAAUUGCCUCAUGGGUCCUAGCUUGUAGAGGGCUGUGUCCUUCCGGAGCUAGCCCUGUUCUUGCAUUUUGGAUUGAGGUAGGGAGUGAGAUCCAAGUUCCAGCAAAAGGUGACCCUCCUUAGACUGUGGAUAUACAUGUAUUCGUUCCCCCUUCCUUCUGGGCUAGAGAGGAUGUUCUGUGCUGAUACAGGGCAACAAGGGGGAAAAAAUUAAAAAAUGGACCGCUCUGCAGGAUUCUGGGUAAGAAGAAAUGCAGCAUGUCACACACACACCUCGUGCUAUGGCAUACUCUUCAUGCUGCAGCUAAGCAAGUGGCUUCCUCCAAGCUGUGACUGCAGCCAUGGUUGCUUUCAAAUGGAACUUUUUAAAAGCUUACCACCAUCGGAGCCCUCCAGGUGCCUGGGCACCUUGUGGGGAUGCACAAGAGAUUCAGGUUUCUAAUUUACAACCUCAUCUGCUUACGAAGCAGUAUCGCUGUUUGGAUGAGAGAAGUGGAACAAGGUCUUAUCAUCCACUUGGAGGUGCUUGUCUGCACAUCUAGCCCUUGGGUUGGUCAGGGCCUGCAGAGCAUUUCUCUUUAUGAUGCCCCCAGUGCUGCCUGGCUUUUAAGAUCCUCACUGUUCAGCGUUAUUUUGUUGAAAAUGUCUUUUAAUUUUUUAAAUAAACAAUUGUAUUGGGUCUG